AUGACGGCGGGUCGACAAUCCCGCUUUGGCCAGUGGGCUGGAGUCCCCGUCAGCCAAGGAGACACUGGCAAGAACGUUCCCGACGAAGAGAAGAACAAAGUUCCAGUCAAACGGCCUCAGCCCCGCUCAAGGCCGCUAAAGCAGGACAGCGGCAGCAGAAGCGCCUUCGCGAACCCAAGAUGGAUCCGCGUGGUGUUUCAACCGCGGGUGGCGGUCCGAAAGCACGCAAGCCUCACUGCUCCCACCGUCACCUUCCUCGAUGCUGGAGAGGUGGUCGAAAUAGCGGAAGUCAAAGCAGGAUGGGUGAGGCUCGCCGACGAAGAGAAGGACGACCGUGACGUGUCGGAUGACUGCCAGGCCUGGGUGCUGCAGGAUGGCAAGGAAGUCAGUCUCGGGGUCUUGUGUGAGGAUUGGGAGCCACGCUGGUUCUGCGUGGUCUAUGAGCCGCAGGUGGCGGUGCGCAAGAAGCCCUCCUUGCAGGCGCACCCGGUGGCCUUUCUCAAGACGGGAGAGAUCAUUGAGGUGGGGCCGUUGCUGUGUUUGCGCACCCAACACAAGUCCCGAAACUCUGACUAA